AUGGGGGGGGGGGGGGGGGGUGGGGGGGGGGGGGGGGGGGGGGGGGGGGGGGGGGGGGGGGGGGGGGGGGGGGGGGGGGGGGGGGGGGGGGGGGGGGGGGGGGGGAGGGGGAGAGGGGGGGGGGGGGUUGGGGGGAAAGAUAAGGGGGUACGGAUGGGGGGGCUACUGAUGACACCUAUAGACAGGAAAGAGGUGAAGAGAGAUACCUUCGACCGAUUUAGAGAGCUAUAUGGAGGGGGGGGGGGGGGGGGGUUGGGGGGGGGGGGGGGGGGGGGGGGGGGGGGGGGGGGGGGGGGGGGGGGGGGGGGGGGGGGGGGCGUUAGCCGCACAGAAGAGCGCCUCUGUGCUGGCUCUGCGUGCCUCAUUCACAGUUCACACGCUCGCCUGUGCUUCUACCAGGCUGAGGUGGGGGGGGGGGGGGGUCUGGUCCCACUGGGGGGUGGUCUCUGGGGGACCACUGGAAGCCUGGGCAUGUUUGACUCAGCCAUAGGAUGCUGA